AUGAAGAACGCAGAGUCUUUUCAUGACAGUUUGUCAUGUUCUGUGAGACCAUGGCGUUCGAUCAGCUCUACGAACAACGUGACCGAUCUUAAGGAAAAUGGGCCACUUCCACAGAGCACCGUCUUUACAUUACACAUCCCAGGGCUUAAGACCGUGUUGGGUGCGCAUGCGUUGAUGGGCGGCGCGGCGGGCGGCGGUCGAGCGGCGCGGGCGCUCAGGCUGCUGUUGCUGCUGGUGCUCGCGCUGGCCGCCGUCGAGUACCUCUUCGGUUCGAUCCUGGACGCGUCUCCGCUACGCACCUACCUCUACACUCCGGUCUACAACGCGACCCAACCUACGAUCAAAACUAGCGAAAAAGCUUCGCAGCCUUGGCCUAGACUACCUCUAGCCAUACAAAACUCAACCCACAAUACUCCAACAAACAACACAAUAAGCCAGAACUCUACACAAAAUAUGACGCGACGGAAUGAGACCGAAUACGUCAGUACUCCACUCUUGCUCACCAAGAUAAUGGAGGGCAUAAAAAACUUAGUGACAACCGAAGACACGGUGAGGGUCAACGAACCGUCUCUGCCGCUUUGUGAUCAAAUGCCGCCGGAUUUAGGUCCAGUCACUGUGAAUAAAACGGAAAUAGAGCUGGAUUGGGUGGAGAAGAAAUAUCCCGAGGUCCAUAGAGGGGGACGCUACUCACCACCCAACUGUACAGCGAGGCAUAAAGUAGCCAUAAUUGUGCCAUACAGGGAUCGCCAACAGCACUUGGCGAUCUUCUUGAACCACAUGCAUCCGUUUCUUAUGAAACAGCAAGUAGAAUAUGGAAUUUUUAUUGUUGAACAAGAAGGUUCUAGCGAUUUCAACCGGGCGAAGCUAAUGAACGUCGGUUUCGUCGAAAGCCAGAAACAAAAAGCUGGCGGUUGGCAAUGCUUCAUUUUCCACGAUAUUGACCUACUGCCACUGGACUCUAGAAAUCUGUAUUCGUGCCCGAAGCAACCGCGGCAUAUGUCCGCAUCCAUCGAUAAACUACAUUUUAAAUUGCCAUAUGAAGAUAUCUUCGGAGGCGUUUCUGCAAUGACCUUGGAGCAGUUCACGAAGGUCAACGGCUUCUCCAAUAAAUACUGGGGCUGGGGUGGAGAAGACGACGACAUGUUUUAUAGGAUUAAGAAAAUGGACUACCACAUAGCGAGAUACAAGAUGUCCAUAGCUCGAUAUGCAAUGCUUGACCAUAAAAAAUCAGCGCCCAAUCCGAAAAGGUAUCAACUUCUAUCGCAAACCAGUAAAACAUUCCAAAAGGACGGCCUGUCAACCCUAGAAUAUGAUUUAGUGCACGUUGUACAACACCACCUGUACACACACGUUCUAGCCAAUAUAGACGAGAGGAGCUGA